AUGGUUGAUUCAUAUUGCUCCCUCUGCGGAGGCCCCUAUUGCCCGAUUCCUAAUAAUAACCCGGCGGCUUUGGAACACCCGCACUGGGCAGCGUUGGCUCGCUUGGUUCGCGGCCCCCAAGAUCCUCGCAGCCCCGAGGAGCCGGUUCUGACAGGCCUCGGUUACAUGACCUCCUCCUCCAAGCUGGUAGCCCCCGCAGAUCACACUGCCAGCUACAAAGAAACUGCCGGCAACGGUGGAUUGGCAGACUACGACGUCCAGGUUCGCCCUGGUACCGACAGGCCGUUUGCCUUUCACGAGGUUUGUUGGCAAAUGCUCUUGACGAAAAUCGGUGCCGAGGAGAACAAGCCCGACUGUAACCAAGUUGGAACUUGGCUUUUCCAUGUUCUCAAUUCGGUCCCCUGGACAAAGACCGGAGAUUUGAUCCCUCAGCACCGCUACUAUGGCGCCAUCAAGUUGCGUCAAGACGCGGCUUUACCAGAUAGGCCAGACUUACUGUUGGCGGAUCCGUCGCAGUAUCUGCCUCUUGCCAACGAUGGCCCACAGACAGCGACGUCCUCACACGAAUUCAAAGAGCAGUCCCUAAUCAAGCAAACAACGCGACCGGGCGACCCUUUCACGAAGCUGCCUCUGGAAGUGAUUUUUGACAUCUUCACUCUGCUACCAUUCAAGGAUGCAUGCGCCGCACGUCUUAGCUCUCGCCACUUAGCGGUCAUGGGCCAUAUGAAUAACCUCCCCCAAGGCUUUUGGGCUUCUCGGUUUUCGCCUGACCGAGAAAUGGGCUUUGUUUUCGCCGAGUUGCUCCCGCAAAAUGGUGCGGAUAGAUGGCUUCAUACUUAUCUGGACUGCAAGAAAACCUUGAAAGAAGGGAGCCACCAGAUGGCCUCCACAGAAAUGAACCAUCAGGAAGCCUUAGAAAGGGGCCAUCUCGCCUUUCUUAACCGUGGACGGAUCUGGCGAUGUCUCGAAGGGUUUGCCAUCACCCUGGACGCGCUUAUCACGCAUCACCGCAAGAAGCAGCCCAGCGAGGUUAUUGACAAUGCCUGCUUCCUGGGGCAGAAAAUCAGGUGUCCCGAAUUGCCUGAUCGAUUUGGGACCGAGCAAUUACGUGGCCGAUACGGGUUCCUAUUACCUGAUCCAUCUAGGGGCCUGAACCUAAGGUUUGGUGCUCGAUCACGAGAGCAGCAACAAUUCAUGUUACAGGAUGCGCUCCUUGUACAAGUAUCGGUCAUUCGUCUCGACUCAGCGACAUACAUUUCUGGCAUACGAACCACCAGCCGGGCGAAUGGAGACGGCGAACAAGUCGUUCAGGAAGCCGGUUUAAUGAUUCCAUCUAAUGUAACCUCAAUUGGUUUGUUGCCCGAGAGUACGAUCUCCUCGAUUGAUGUAUACUUUUCCCCUUCGGGUAUCCACGGCUUGAGAUUUUCAUUCACUCAUUCAACUAACACUGAGCAUGUGGGCGAUGAGCAUUGCUCCUCCAACACCGUCGGCAUGGCAAGACUGACAGCUCAGAGUGGUAUCGCAGGCAUCAUAGUCGGGUUUGAUUUAUACAAAGCUGUUUCUAUUCAGUUGCUUGAACAGCAGGUCGUCAACAGCUCACUCAUUGCUCCCAUCAGCGCAUGGAGCCCCUCGCUCCCGGAUACCGAAGUCACACAGCUUCUUCCACCAUUGGAACUCGCACCACAGACGGAAAACCGGUUCUCUGUCAAUCUAUACAUGCCCUUCGCUGGAGAGGAUGGGUCACGUUUAUCCUCACUUUGCAGGAUUACGGCGUUUAUGCAUGGGAAAUCGGGGUUUUUUGGAUUUCUCUUCACCUAUGCUGAUGGCCAAGAGUUUUGGUUUGGUCAACACGAAACGCUCCUGAACCUGGGCAUGUUUAAGUCAUGCGUUGAGCAGACCUUCUUAGUCAAUGGAGAAGCGGGGGAGCGUAUCAAUUCUUUUGAUGCCUCUCGUGGGGAUUCGGGACUCGGCAAUGGCCACAUUGUUGAGAGGAUUCAGUAUCCUAUCUGGGCCUUUGAGGAUCUAAAAGCCGAAAAGAUUCACGUUGAGCAACCUGGACAGCAAAGCUAUCGCAUGCCUAUUGAAUCCACAAGCGCGCCUUGUAUUACACCCGAUCUGGUUACUGAUAUUGGAUGGAUGCUACACGGUCAUGGCUCCUGCGGUAAUAUCGCUUCUCUAGAGAAUCUUCGGAUUGUCCAUGUCUCGCAGGGCGCAGAAGGUCGCUCACGUACUGGCGGCAACGUUUCUGGACUCCUGCUCGAAUAUCACCACGGUAAACAGAGCGCAGUAGUGGGACAGUGGAUGAAGGAGGUGGACGUCUUUAGCCUCCAGGAGAGUGAACGAGUUGUCGAAUUCUCCCUCUGGAUGAAUACCGGCCGUGAGAACUAUCGAGAAUCAGCUGACUUUGGCACGGUGACUGGUAUCGGAUUACUCACGUCUCUUGGACGACGCUUCGAAGUGCGGCCAGACAAGGCGGUACCACUACAAGAGACGCAUGUGCGCCACUAUUCGACUCAUUAUGAAGACUUGCGGAACAUCACUUGGAUAUUCAACUCCUAUAUGGAUGAAGUACAGAUUAGUCUUCAGCCCACGCUCGCACUGGGAGACGGCCAUCUUUGCUUAGCACACAGCAAGCGAAACUUUCGACCUAGAGAUUCAUCUGCGGGCGAUACUCGCAUCUACUUCGAUUUCAACAAUCCUAAGUUCGAAAACCCUGCAGCAAGGGAUGAAAUCAGGAUGACUUAUUACCAUGUCCGAGGACUGCUCUUCUUCCAGAAUGUUGAUCAGGAUGGAAAGAAGAUACCUGUUCAACAGGUACAGGUAACGGUCAAUUUUUAUGCGCUGGUUGGUAUUGAGUUUCAGUAUGCGGAUUCCUCCGUCAGCACCUACGGCACAAAGAAUGGACAUAGCUCUGUGCUGCGUUUAGACAUCAGCCGUAACGAACGUCUAUCUCACCUAGUAGUAUACAAGCAUGUCAAGGGACCUAUGGGAAUUGAGCUGCAUACCACGCUCAAUCAAAAAUUGACCGCUGGGCGAAGAAUCUUGGAUGUUACUUCCGUGGCAACAUUUCCUUUGGAACUUGGCAUCGGAACGCCUAGUAUCUAUGUUCCAAGGCUACCCCCGAAUCGGGUGGUGAAUCACGAUCUUCCGACCCUUGAUGCGGAGCAGGGCGUUCAAGGCUGUACUGGCAUAUGGGUCAUAACUCGGUGCAUAGGUUCUGACGCUAUGGAAGUUUUGGAUCUUGGACCAAUGUACUUGACCGGUCCAUGUUGA